AUGACAAAUUUGGCGGAUAUCAAGAAGAAAUUUAAGGAAUGCUUCAACCCGAGAGAAAACGUGACUUACGAGAGACACGGUUUAAUACGAGAACUCAGAAGGAAGGGGAACCUGUCGACGCUUUUGUCACAGAACUUCGACAAAAGAGCAGCGGAAGUCUCUGAAACGCAACUCAGAGAAAUGGGAGACGAGAAAAACGUACAUGCGGUGAAAGACAAAAAACAGAACUACAAGCAAAGAGUAGCAAAGCUGGAGCCAAUAGUUGAUGACGACGUUCAGCCCAUACUCGGAUUGAAAUCCAGCUUAGAUAUGAACUUAGUGAACCGUGUGUACACAGUGAACAGACUUCAAUGUACUGAAAGUGUAGAAGGACUAUUCAAUGAAUAUGAUCAUUUGUUCCACGGAAUCGGAUGUUUAUCUGGAAAGUACGACAUCAAGGUUGAUCACCGUGCAAAACCAGUAGUAGCAACACCCAGAAGAAUACCUCACACUUUGAAAGACAAAGUACGUGAAGAACUCCAAAGAAUGGAAUCCAUGAAAAUUAUCUCAAAAGUGGAAACUCCAACUCGUUGGGUUAGCCCCAUAGUAGUAGUGAAGAAACCUAGCGGCAAAGUUAGAAUUUGUCUGGAUCCCAGAGAACUGAAUAAAGCUAUAUUAAGAGAACAUUACCCUCUAAAGACUGUCGAAGAAGUUGCUGCAAGCUUGAAACAAGCGAAACACUUCACAACAAUGGACGCAGCCUCAUGA